CAGGGGGGAACUAUUUCGCGGUUGUACCACUGCGUAGUUUCUCCACUCUCUGCAGACAUGGCCGACAAGACACCGAAAGAACCUGCUCGCGUUGCAACCAGGAUAGACCCGAUCAAAGAGGGUCUUUCUCCAGAACAGAUGCACUUCAUCCGACAGGUGGAGCUGCAGCAGUGGAAGAAGAAAACUCAGAUGCUGCGGACGCGGAACGUUGUGACGGGAGUCGCCAUCGGAGCGCUCGUUAUGGGGAUCUACGGCUACACAUUUUACUCAGUUUCCCAGGAGCGGAUCAUGGAUGAGAUGGACGCAGAGGCCAAGCGUACAAGACUGCAAGGACCAAAGACCGGUGCCAACUGAGACGCAUAUUGUUGGACUGUGUGUCUGUCCUGCACUUAAACUUAGAGGGGACUUUGUGGACACUGAUGCCACUGAUUUAUAUUCCAUUGGUGGCCGCUGUUUUUCCACAUUCAAACAGCGGGGGACUUUGUUUUGUCUUGAUUGUGAAGGUGAUGUUCUGCUGCUGACUUAUAACUAGAUGUGUCUUGUUUUUGAUUAUGUUGGCCUGUCAGCGGAAAGGACUAAUCGACUGAUCGUACAUGCUUCCCAGAAGGCCAGACUGUAGAGUAAUUACAACACUUACCUGACAGGUUUCUGGCCCUGAUCAUAAUGCGCGUUCUGUUUUAAAGGAAAUAUCCUAUCAGCUAAUGAUGUUACAUCUACAGAGGCCUUUCACAGCAGAGAAAUGCCAGUGACACUGCUGAAAUGACACCCGGAUUUACCCUGUUGGAACUUCUUUAUGUCGAUAAAUAAUGAUUUGUAAAAUAAAAAUCUAAUGUAUUCAAUUUUUUCAAACGCAUAAUGUUUGUGUAACUAU